AUGAUCUCAGACUCAUUUCCAGCCGAAAAAUCCCCUGGCGAAGGUUCUCGAGUGCAAAACCAAGCGGCAGAGAUCUCUGACAAUGAGGCCAUUGAUCCGAAGAAAGAGAGUAGACUGUUACGAAAAAUUGACAUCCAUCUUCUGCUCCCGCUAUGGGUCAUAUUCCUCUUCGGGUUUCUUGACAGGAUCAAUUUAGGGAAUGUGGCAGUCCUCGGGAUCGUAGAGGAACUGAAGCUCAAGGGCAAUGAUUUCAACAUUGCUCUGCAGAUCUUCUUUGUCCCUUACAUUAUUUUAGAUAUUCCAAGUAACAUUGUCUUGAAAAAUUUCGCUCCUUCGACAUGGAUCAGUCUGCUUACAUUCUUUUGGGGCAUCGCGGCUAUGUGUCAAGGCUUCGUCAAGAACGACGCGGGUUUGAUCGCUUGUCGAUUCUUCAUUGGUGUCUUUGAAGCCGGCUACGUCCCUGGCUGCGCCUAUCUCAUGGCCAUGUUCUACAAACGCCACGAGUUCCAAAAGCGUUUUUCCAUAUUCUGGGUUGCCGGGUUGGUGGCGGGUGCCUUUGGUGGCCUUCUUGCCUACUCUCUGAACCACAUGCAAGGUCGGGGUGGCUACUCAGGCUGGCGGUGGAUAUUCAUAAUCGAGGGUCUCAUAUCCGUUAUUCUCGCCGUCCCCGCCAAAUUGUUCUUAACCGACUGGCCCGAUAAAGCCAUAUUCCUCACAGAGGAGGAGAAAGCACUCCUUCACAAACGCCACUCGGAAGACGUGGGCGGCUUCGCAAGAAUGGAUCGACUGGAUUCCACGGCCUGGAAGCGGAUCCUGACUGAUUGGAAGACCCUGGUCGCGAGCUUGAUAUACGUUGGAAUCACCGUGUCGGGCUAUGCAACUGCGCUCUUCAUCCCGUCUAUAGUCAACUCUCUCGGUUACAGCGGCCUGCAAAGUCAGAUACAGAGCAUCCCGGUCUGGGCCACCUCCGCUGCCACCACCGUGAUUGUCUCGUAUUUCACCGACCGCCUCAGGUACCGGUACGGCUUCAUCAUGUUUGGCGUCAUGUUCGCGAGCAUCGGCUACAUCAUCCUGAUAUGCCAGGGCCCCUUGAAGGGUGGCUUGCCACUUGGUGUCCGUUACAUGGCCGUUUUCUUCGUCACGACGGGUUGCUAUAUCGUGCAGCCAGUGACGAUUGUGUGGCUGGUAAAUAACCUGGGUGGGCAUUACAAGCGUGCUGUUGGUCUGGCUAUCCAAGUUGGCUUUGGGAAUCUUGGUGGUAUCAUUGCGAGUAAUGUGUUUGUGCGCAAGCAGGCCCCGAGGUAUUUUGUAGGCUAUGGUGUUGCGUUGUCUAUGGUGAUCUUCUGUGGGAUCAUGAGUACGGUAUUUGCGCUGGGGUUAGUUAGGGAGAAUCGGAUUAGAGAGAGGGGGGAAAGAGAUGCAAGACUUGGAUCGGAGGAGUUAGAAAAUAUGGGCGAUGAUGAUCCAAGGUUUCGGUUUAGUUUGUGA